AUGUGCGGCACCGAAAACGAAGCGGCCGACCCGGCCCCCAACGAUGCCCACCCCGGCCAGAACAACAGCACUGCAUCGUCCAUCAUGUAUCAGCGCGUUGACGAUUACAUUUCCAACGUAUCUCGCUACAAGAUUAUUGAAAGCACGCUUCGCGAAGGAGAUCAAUUCAUAAAUAGCUUCUUCACCACCGAGAUCAAGUGCAAGAUCGCAACAAUGCUUAGCAACUUCGGCGUUGAUUAUAUCGAAGUAACUUCGCCAGCGAGUUCUCCCCAGUCGUUCGAGGACUGCAAGACUAUUUGCAAGCUUGGCUUGAAGUCCAAAAUUCUCACACAUGUGCGAUGCAAUAUGGAAGACGCCAAGAAGGCUGUGGAGUGUGGUGUUGAUGGCGUCGAUCUCGUUAUCGGAACUUCGAGCUUGCUGCGCCAAUAUAGCCAUGGCAAAAGCAUGGAAAUCAUCCAAAAGAGUGCUCUUGAGGUCAUUGAAUAUGUCAAGAGCCAAGGAAUCGAAGUACGCUUCUCCUCCGAAGACUCAUUCCGCUCUGAUCUUGUCGACCUCCUUACUCUCUAUAAGGCUGUCGACAAGGCUGGUGUGGUUUCCUGUGACAUUGAAACGCAUUUCCAUGACGAUACCGGCUGCGCAGUCGCGAAUGCUAUAACUGCCCUCGAGGCUGGUGCUUCGUUGGUUGACACGAGCGUCCUCGGUAUUGGAGAGAGGAAUGGCAUUACGCCCCUCGGUGCCCUGAUGGCUCGUAUGGUUGUGACUUCUCCGGAGUAUACUAAAUCGAAGUAUAAUCUCAAGUUACUUCGCGAGAUAGACGAGUAUGUUGCUUCUGUUGUGCAAGUGAAUAUUCCAUUCAACAACCCUAUUACUGGUUUCUGUGCAUUCACGCACAAGGCUGGGAUUCACGCCAAGGCAGCGAUUCUUGCGAACCCCUCGACCUACGAGAUCAUUGACCCUGCCCUGUUUGGAUUGACUCGAUACGUCUCAUUUUCCUCCAGAAUCACCGGCUGGAAUGCCGUGAAAUCUCGAGUCGAGCAACUGGGAUACAAUCUGUCGGAUGAUCAAAUCAAGGAAAUUACCGCUAUGAUCAAGCAGUUGGGCGAUGUCCGUCCGCUUGCUGUUGAAGACGCGGAUUCCGUGAUCCACUCGUAUCAUCUGAACCAGCAGGAGAAGAAGGCUACUUAA